AUGGAACAAGUUCGAGAACAGAAAUUCCGUUGCAAGUAUUGUAGCAAGUGCUGUAUCAGUGGGAAGUCGUUGGGCGGUCACAUGAAGGGGCAUCUGUCUUUGAUUUCUGCUGCCAAAAGGGGGAAAAUGGAAAGUGAAUCCCAAUUGGGCUUUGAAGACGACGAUCUUGAUGAGAUUGAUCAUGGGUUCAAAGAGAAUUUCAAGAUUUCUUGCAGGGCUUCAGCAAAGCAAUCAAACAGUAGAGUAAAAUCAGAAAAGAUUGGGAAUCGGAGAAUUUUGGGUCUUCUAAGUGAUGAUGAUCAAGAUCAUGAACAGGUUCAGGAAGGAUACAGUCUGAGAGGAAACCCCAAGAAAUCUAUGAAGGCUUCUGGUUUAAGAAAUCUCUGGGCUCCAAAAAGAGGAAAAAUGUGCAAGGAAUGCGGCAAAAGAUUUCCCUCUCCAAGAGCUCUGGCUGGUCACAUGCGUUCUCAUUCCAUGAAACAAAGGGAUCAGCAUCUUUGUCAGAAGUGCGGAAAAGGUUUUGAUUCAGUGAGAGCUAUGUAUGGGCAUUUGAGAUCGCAUUCCAAAAGAUCCAGAGAAGACUGCUCUGAAUCCGCAGAAGAUGGCUUCUUUGAUUUUUACGUUGUCUGUCCGAGGAAGAAACGAUCGAUCAUGAGGUACAAAUAUGGUCAAAGCUUCUCUCUUUCCUCUUUUCCAUGUGCCCUUUUUUCUGAAGAAGUAGAACAUGCUGCUAUGGCCUUGAUGAUGCUGUCAAUGGGUGUCAGAAGCUUGGAUGGAUUUAGUAGCCCUGUAGAGGAUGCUGCUGGUUUUGCUCACUCUGUUGAUUGGGAAGAGUUGAGGAAUAAAGAGGAAAUGAUUGAAGUUUCUGCUGAUGGUGUUGAUUGUGAUGAUCUUAGCAAAGUUGAUCAGACAGAGAAGGAAAUGGAGGAGCUGGAAAUUUGCUAUUCUGGGUCAAGCGAUUCUUGCUCAAAACAGGAAGAGUCUGAUAAUGACGUGGGUUCUGAAUCUGUUGAUGACUUGAAAACAGAAGCUGAAUCUGAAGGAUCAAUUGAGGAUUCUCACUGCAGUAAUAAAUACAUGAAGAACAGCAUUGGUGCUUCUUCUGAACUGGAACUGGAUGAAAUGCUGGAUGUUGGAAUUGAUCAAAAAGAUGUCCAAUUAGCAAAUUCUGAUCAAUCCAGGCAAGCCAAGUCUGAUGCUGAUGAGCAAGAAUUGGAAGGGAACUCAUCUGAUGUGAGGAAAUGGGAUGAAACUGCUUCUGAAAUCUUGACGAAUACUGAAAAGAAGCGCGUGCAUAAAUGUAGCUCCUGUAAUAAGAUCUUUGGCUCACAUCAAGCACUAGGUGGUCACAGAAACAGGUCAAAAUGGCUUGGUACUUGUUCUUCUACUUCAAACACAGAGACUGGCCAAUUGUCUGAAAAGAAGUGCAAUGGUACUUUUGCUGAUGGAGGAAGUGGUGGUGAUCAUGCGGGCAUGGAAAUGUCAGUUUCAGAGGCAUAUAAGAUCAAAGAACAUGAAUGUGGCAUAUGCUUCAAGGUUUUUGCAACAGGGCAAGCAUUAGGUGGUCAUAAGAGGGCUCAUUAUGCUAGUUCCUCUGCGGAAAUCGUAAUGAAAAAGAUCACAGUUGGAAACCAGGAGCUUCAUUCUGUGCAAAAUGUAUGUGGUGUGAACAAUGUUCCACUGAUUGGCCAUAGAAAGCCCAGAGAUAAUGUCGGCUUCAAGCCAUGGUUGAUUGUAAAUGGUCAUCGUGGGACUAGUUCCUUACUGAUUUCGAAUUGA